AUGGGAAGUUUGGAAGUUGAAUCAAGAAAUGGUCACACCUCUACUCCUCACAAGAAUUCUGAAAAAUCAGAGAGAGAGAGGAAAAUUGACGAGUGGCUUCCAAUUACUUCUAAAAGGAAUGCAAAAUGGUGGUACUCAGCUUUCCACAAUGUCACUGCCAUGGUUGGAGCUGGUGUUCUGGGUCUUCCCUAUGCCAUGUCAGAGCUUGGAUGGGGUCCUGGUGUGACAAUACUUAUACUCUCAUGGAUCAUCACCUUGUACACAUUAUGGCAAAUGGUUGAGAUGCAUGAAAUGGUUCCAGGGAAACGGUUUGACAGGUACCAUGAACUGGGUCAGUAUGCAUUUGGUGAAAAGCUUGGCCUCUAUAUUGUGGUGCCUCAACAGCUUGUGGUUGAAAUUGGUGUCAACAUUGUGUACAUGGUCACUGGGGGAACAUCAUUGCAGAAGUUCCAUGAUACUGUCUGUUCAAACUGCAAAAAGAUCAAAUUAACCUUCUUCAUUAUGAUUUUUGCCUCUGUUCACUUUGUACUGUCCCAUCUCCCUGACUUCAACUCCAUUACUGGUGUAUCCUUGGCAGCUGCAGUCAUGUCCUUAAGUUACUCUACAAUUGCUUGGGCAGCUAGUGUACAUAAGGGUGUUCAAGAAAAUGUACAAUAUGGUUACAAAGCAAAGAGCACUUCAGGGACAGUGUUUAACUUCUUUAAUGCCCUUGGAAGUGUGGCUUUUGCCUAUGCAGGGCACAAUGUGGUGCUGGAAAUCCAAGCCACAAUCCCAUCCACACCAGAAAAGCCAUCCAAGGUUCCUAUGUGGAGAGGAGUGGUUAUUGCCUACAUAGUUGUGGCUAUAUGCUACUUCCCUGUUGCUCUUAUUGGCUACUGGAUGUUUGGCAAUGAGGUUGAUUCUGACAUCCUCAUCUCUUUGGAGAAACCAGCAUGGCUUAUUGCAAUGGCUAACUUGUUUGUUGUCAUUCAUGUAAUUGGAAGCUAUCAGAUUUAUGCAAUGCCAGUGUUUGACAUGAUUGAAACUGUGAUGGUCAAGAAAUUGAAUUUCGAACCAAGCAUAAUGCUUCGUUUUGUUGUACGUAAUGUAUAUGUGGCAUUCACAAUGUUCAUUGCUAUUACUUUCCCAUUUUUUGAUGGUCUCCUGGGAUUCUUCGGAGGGUUUGCUUUUGCUCCAACAACAUACUUUCUCCCCUGUAUCAUGUGGCUUGUAAUCCACAAACCAAGGAGAUUCAGCUUGUCUUGGUUCAUUAAUUGGAUCUGCAUUUUGCUUGGCCUAUGCUUGAUGAUUUUAUCACCUAUUGGAGGAUUGAGGACAAUCAUAAUUAAAGCCAAAACCUACAAAUUUUACUCUUGA